GCUUUUAAUUAUUUUAUUGAUUCUUUUAAUCUUUUCCUAUUUUCGUUCUCUUCCUCCUCUUCAGCGAGUCGCCGCCAUUGAUUUCCAUGUUCCUCUGUGGCUGUUUUUUCUUUAUCAAUCACUAGAAUUGCAAAAACUUAGAAGAUUUAAAAAUGGUUGGAUGCAGAAUCCUUUUAAAGAAUAAAGCAGAUUGGCUGAGCACACUUCUUCAUAGCAAGUUCUUCGAUACAUGCGGCGAUCACCGUGAUCUCCGGAAAAGUGAAAAAAAUGUGUUUUGCAUUGACUGUAAUCUUUGCUUCUGUAAGCACUGUGUUACUUCUUCUGGGCAUUGCCUCCAUCGGCGCCUUAAGAUCUGCAAAUAUGUCUAUCAUGAUGUGGUUCGUCUUCAAGACAUGCAGCAGCAUCUUGAUUGUUCUAAAAUUCAGACAUAUAAAAUCAAUGGUGAAAAGGCUGUUCAUCUGAAUCCUCGUCCUCAAUCCAAGGAUUGUAAAGCAUCUAAACCAAAAGGAGGUGCAUCAUGUGAAGCUUGUGGGAGAUAUAUACAAGAUCUCCCUAAUCGCUUCUGCUCAAUAGCAUGCAAGGUUUUAAUAUUUGCAGAGAAGUUUAAAGACCACAACAGCAAGGUUGUCCCUUACCCAGUUCAGGAAUUUGCUCACCUGUCUUUGAAGGAAAGCAUCGACAUGGAAGUAAAUUUGAAAGAAAAAGAAUUGUCCUCCUCUUUGGCUGACUCACCUAUGGAGAUUGAAACCCAGACAAGUUCAGCAUUGAAACCAAAGAAGCAAUUGCACAAAAGGAAAGGCAUUCCUAGAAGGUCCCCUCUCUUUUAAUGGGUCGAACGUUCUUUGUUUCCCCUCAAACUUUUCUCUAUCUAUUUUCAAUUUUUUUUUCUUUUAUAAAGUAUCAUUAUGAUAAACUACAGCUAAAAUAAUCUAUAAAUUAUAAUUUAAUGAAGAAAACUCAUUCCUCAGUAGCCUGCCUUUUUGAGUUUAGUUGGGAUGGCUGGAGAAGGAACCCCACAUUGUCUGGGUAAAGACUAAAUCCUUGUGGUGUACAGCAUAAGUGGUGGCGAUAUUGGCAGGGCUGAUGGGUGAUAUUCGAUCCUUGUAUUUAUCCGGAGAGCUCUGAUCGGUUCUAUUGUUAUAAGAUAUAACUUUGGUGGAAUUUUUGUAUCUUAAUGGUUGAAUUGAAUAUUCUUCAUUAUAAUAAAGUUUUAAUUUUUUUAA